UUGCUUGGCAUGAUAUUACAUCCCACACAAAACUUACUUUUUUAAGUGUCUAAUUUAUUAUGAAUAUAAAUCGUUGCGUCCUAUCGUAGAAGCUCUUUAAAACAUCGCGUGGCAAACGGCUAUGGAUAGAAAGAACUCCCACAGAGAGACGAAACACCGUUAUCGUAUUGUGUCUAAGAAAUCAAAAACUUCACAGCGAAAAAAAUAUAUUGAAAUCACUUCCACGGCGAGGCGCCCGUGAACGUUUUCAUUCAAUGAUUACAAAUUCGUGCCAGCAUUUGUUUCCCAAGCGCUCUAGACUUUCCCCAAGUUGCCCUCUUUGAUUUUCCCUAAUACGAGCGUGCGAUGUAAUGGGCAUUUUUCUCAGUAAACAAAGCCAAUUUCUCGGAAUUUGAGAGUCUACAAGCGCUCGUGACCAGUAACGUGAAGUGCCAUCGAAAAAAGGGUGGGACACAAGCUAUUUCAAAAGCGGGCGAACUCUGUUCAAUUCGUGGGAUGUUGUCUCAAAGGAAUAAUUGCUUUGUCUAAUUAUACAAAGGGGAUUUGGCUCCUGUGACGUAACGAACACUAUAUAUUAAACCAACUAAAGUGUUUUAGGGUACUAACUAAAGUUGUACCGGCGCGGUAGUUAGUCAACGGUUAGACUUGGUUAGACCUGUUCAGAACCAUGAGACUUGAGAUCGCGAUUCUGAUUUUAUCAGCUAUGAUAUGUAGCAUCUACGCAAAGGAGGGAGCUAAAUGCCGUGACGAUUCAGAGUGCAUGAGCAGGGAGUGUUGCGCAGGCGCAACAGCCAAGACCUACGGCGCAUGUCAAUACAGGCCUGUGGCAGGGGACCGCUGUUCACCUCUAAUACCGCCAAGAUCCACACUACAGUGUCCCUGUGAGGUUGGUUCUACGUGUUCUCUGUCCUUCUACAACCCCGACUUGGAAAUCGCGAAAUACUACUGUACGAAGAUCAAGGUGGCCCCUGGCGAGGCGGAGAUAACGGAGAUUAAGACUAACUUUAGCUAGAGCUCUUGAAAUUUAUUAAAUAAACCAACCAGCUAUAAUAAAAAAUAAGAUUCGGA